UCUGGGCCUUAGAUGUUUCUCCAGGGAUCCCUCACCAGAACUGGCCCGGCCAUCGAAAAUUGAACCCCUUUUAACAAAUCAGACCAAACCAUUUUAUAAUUACAGGGGGUCUCACAGGAUCUUAAUUCAGAAAUUUAGUACAUCAUAAACAAAAUUAAUGUAAUAUAUACAAAUAAACUUUAUACACUUAUGAAAUUACAUUCAACAAAACAAUAACAGAAAUAAACUAAAACACAAAAAUAGACUUUAUACAUAACAUCCAAACAAACCCCAAACCCAAACGGUCCCCCAAACUACAUUUCCCAUAAUUCCUAACAAAAAAUAUAAAGGACAUCAGGAAAUGCCGCGCUCGUUUGAUACCAGGCCUUUGCUCCAUGCUGCAGUCAUGGAUCCCGGCUGAACCACGGGUGAGAUAAACAAUUCAAAUAAUUAAAUAAAUUUAAACCCAUUUCUGUGUAGUUGUGAUUUUAUUCCAUCACUAGCGUGCACUCUAGUAAGGAACUGGGUCGCUCUUAGUUCUUUUAAUACUAGCAUAAAGAGUCAACCUACACCUCUAACACAAAAUAUUUUGGGUAAAUAAAAGAAAAACUAAAGUAAAUACACCAAUUUAUAAACAAGCAGACAAACAAUAAAAAUAAACCAAUUGAAAUAAAAUAUGUACCAAGUGUGGCCUUAGCCAUCACAGUCAUAUAACUACAAAACGAUUAAAAUUCAAAAUUAAAUUGUUUUUGUUGUUGUUGUUGUUUGUUCUAUAUAAUGUUUAUUUAAACUGUGAGUGACUGUGACGUGUUUUGAUGGACUCGCGCUCUGAGUCUCAAUAGGGACUUUAAGCAACAACAGCUGAUGGAACGGCAACGGCGAUCUGACGUAAACUGUUAACUGCCGUAGCCAAAGAGCGCAAAAAUCACUAAGCAACAGCAACAGACAGGACGGCGAAACAUUCAAUCAUUUAUCAUUAGUGUAAUACAAAAUGUCAUUUAAACGGGCAAGAGAAAGCGUGCUUUUGGCAUUAAACGACCAUUUAUUGUCAGAAGAAGAGUUUUUAGUCUUGUAUGAUGCCAAUAAGUCUAAAAACCUAGAUUUACCAUGCAAAAUAUAACCUUAUAAUAUUAUACCUUUUAAUCUUGAUGACAUGGAGGAGGAUGAAUGUAUAAAUGAAUUUCGUGUCAGAAAAUGUGACAUGCCAGUCCUGGCAGAUGUUCUCAGGAUUCCCAACGAGAUCAUCUGUGAUCAAAGAAGUGUUGUGGGAGGAGUAGAAGCGCUGUGUAUGCUGCUUAAGAGGCUGACAUAUCCUUGCCGGUACAGUGACAUGAUGCAAAGAUUUGGUCACCGUCAAGUCCCAGUCCUGUGCAUGGCCACAAACUCCAUGCUGGAUUAUAUAUAUGCUGCACAUCAUCAGAGGAUAACUCAGUGGAAUGACAACAUCCUGAACCCUGCUGCAUUAGAAACAUAUGCUGACUGUAUCCACCAAUUGGGAGCCCCUCUUGAAAACUGCUUUGGAUUCAUAGAUGGUACUGUACGACCCAUAGCUAGACCAGGAAUAACACAGAGGAUCCUGUACAAUGGUCACAAGCGCAUUCACAGCCUAAAAUACCAGGCAGUAGCCAUUCCAAAUGGCUUAAUUGCGCAUCUCUAUGGCCCUGUAGAAGGAAGGAAGCAUGACUCUGGGAUGCUGGCAGAAUCUGGACUUUUGUCUUUGCUGGAAAAUCAUGCCAUGUCUGCAGAUGGUCAUCCAAUGUGUGUGUACGGGGACCCAGCAUACCCACUGCGCAUGAACCUGCAAGCCCCAUUUCGAAGUGUUCACCUAACCGCCCAAAUGAUGGAAUUCAACAAAGAAAUUUGUGAAGUCAGGGUGUCUGUGGAAUGGUUGUUUGGGGACAUAGCAAAUUACGGUACUUCAAAUUCAUGGACUUCAAAAAGAACUAAAAAUUGGUUUGAGUAGUGUUGGAAAUCUUUAUGUAGUAUCUGCUUUGUUAAGAAAUGCACUUACUUGCCUGUAUGGUAAUCAGACAUCUCGGUUUUUUAACUUGGAUCCUCCACAUAUUAGAGACUAUUUUUCAUAAUGUAACACACAUGAUGUAAUACACACACACACACACACACACACACACACACACACACACACACACUCUUAGAAGAAAAGGUUCUAUAUAGAACCUUAAA